CUUGGCAAUACUCUAAGAUCACUUGGUCUUCUCACUCCAUAACCAAACCACAGUUAUUGAAAAGAGAAAUGGAAGCAACCAUCUCAACUACCUCCACAGCCUCAUCAAUCACCCGCACUAGCUUUGUACAAAACAGACCUCUUGGGAACUCAUCCUCUUCUAUUCUUUCGUUGCCUACAGUGUCAAAGUUGGGAGGAAGAAUAAGGUGCUCAAUGGAAGGAAAGCCUUCUAUUGAGGAAGAAAGUAAGUCAAAGAUGGGAAUGGGAGCCUCAUCAUCCAUGUUAGGUGUCGCCAUUGCUACAACCAUGUCAAGCCCAGCAGCCAUUGCUUUGGUUGAUGAGAGAAUGAGCACUGAGGGAACUGGGCUUCCAUUUGGGCUUAGCAACAAUAUUCUUGGGUGGAUCCUUUUUGGUGUUUUUGCUCUUAUUUGGUCUCUCUACUUUGUAUACACUUCAACUCUUGAUGAGGAUGACGACUCAGGUUUAUCCUUAUAAGUAAGGAGGCUUGUACCAAUGACAAAUUGUCUUUUAAAGAGAGAGAUUUUUUUAUUUAAAUUAACUAAAUAUAUUAUU